AGCGCAGCAAGCCCGAGAUAACUAGCGUACGUUAAUCAACGAUAAAACCGUGACUGUCUCGCGGAUGCUGUGGAAGGAUCGCGUGUCGUCCAUCCCGCGCGCGAUAAUCGAUAUCGAGGGUGCAUCGGCGAUCCGCGAAUCGCGAGUCGCUUGGGAACGCUAUUCAAGUGCUGAAGCUGACGUCCGUGGCCGUGGCGCGUGGCUCCUGACUCUCCGGCUCCUGGCUCGGUCUUUGUAAACAUGGUGUUUGGACUCGUCGGGAUAAUUGUUUUUUUCCGCAAGACCGACUAGGCUCCGGCGCGGGCGCGGGUUUUCCGAGUAACGCGCGCGAUCGCGCAGCCGCCCCCCGAGGCCCCGAGAGGACCGGCGUGUAUCAUGUGAUUCUCACCGGGAUACAACAAGUAUGGACACAACUCCGUUACACGGAAACUGUAUGCUUUAAUGACAAAAGUUUGGAACAUCUCUUGGAUACUUUAUCAUGGAACAAACAAACUCGUCACAGUCGCAAGUUCUGGUAGUCAAAGAGGAGAUCAAAACGGAUGUCGACGCGGAAGCAGCUCAGAUCGCCGACCGAGAUGUAAAAGCCAUUGCUUCCGUAACAGAAGGUGGCCAAAACUUGUCCAAGGCGUGCAAGCUACAGUCGGAAUCUGAAUUAACGGUAGACAGUACUGAUAUCCAUGUAGUAGCUGCAUCAGAAGAUUGCAUGGAUGCAAGCCACAGCGAGGUAUCUGCUAAAGAAGUUGACGACGGCGCGAAUAAUCAAGUGAAACCUCCCUCUGAGUCGAGGGAGGCGGACGCAGAGAUUUGCAAAUCAGAACAGGAAGAGAUCGAGAUCUACGAUACAAAAGAUGAAGUAAAUUCGAAUCACGAAUCGCAACACUUGUCCAACGAGGAAGACCAAAGCCUAAAUGUGAUAACUGAAUCUAAACUAAUAAAAGAAGACAAAGAAACAACGGGUAGUCUAGAAAAUGACUGUAAUAUAAUAAGGGACGUGAAUCAAUCCGAUAUCAUAGAUAAGCAGGAUGUAGCGCUAGACGAGUCUAGACUUUGCGAACAUCAGGGCCAGACUCAUGACUCGUAUGAGUCAGUUGAAGAAACAAUCAAGGAAAUACAUAAUGAAGGUAAUCAGAAUAACUCAAUAGUAACCAAUUCUGAAUUGACUAAGUUAGUACAAGAGGACACAGAAGUAGUCGUAGUAGUAGAGACUCUGCCAGUUGCGACUGAUUCUACAGAUAAUUUUAUUGUUACUCUAGAAGAGAAAGACGCUAAUAAAGAAUGCAGCCAGGAAAAUGUUACUUUGCGGGAAAAACAAAUUGUGGAAUCUGACCACAGCAACAAUGAAAUUGAUCUCAUUGACUACAGCCAAGAAAGUGACGAUACUAUAAUAGAAGUGACGGAAGUUAUAGAUGCUCCAUUUGCCGAACAACAUAAAGAGCAAAAUAAUACGGACUAUGUGGACAGUACUAAAUGUGAUCCAAAAUCUGUACAACUAAUUGACGGGAAGAUUGCAAUUGACGAAAGUAUAAAUGAUGAAAAUACUGAAGCAAAAGCGACUGAUAGUAAAACUUUAAUUAGUUCUGGGAAAAAGGAUAAAGAAGAUAUCACUAUAAUCAUAGAUGAGAAAAUCAUAAUUACAGAAAUUGAGUCAACAGAUCUGCCACAAAUUGAAAAUAUCCAUAAAGAUACCAUUAAGGAGAUGACCGAGCGUAAACAAGAUGACACACCUGCUUGUAAAAUACCGGCAGUGGACUCGUCGAUGAAGAAAAGAAGCGUUAUUCAAGAUAUAUUUGACGACUGGGGUGUUGAAAAUACGGACGAAGAUGUGCAGUCAACUUCAAAAGUGCAUGAUUCUGUCGAGAUCGAAUUAAAAAGUUUAUUAGAUGAGACCAAGACGGACCAGACUGUUUCGAGUGAAUCAGUUGUAACUUCUCAAGAAAAAGUCCCUUCUGCAAAUGAAGAAUAUGACGAGACACAUGACAUCGUAAGUACAACCGAGAAGAAUAAAACGAAGCAGUCGAUGGAAAAUCAAAAGAAAAAUAAAGCACGUAGUAAGGACGCAAUGUCAUUGAAUAAAAAUGAAAAGAAUUCUCCUGUAUCAUCUGCAAGCAGAUCUUCACGAAGUAUGGAUACGCGUGCGGUUAACGCGACGUCGCACGACACCGCAGUUCCUAAAAGUCGUUCUCGGCAUUUAACCAGUCAGAUAGCGUCGCCGGCGGAAGUGACGGAGGUGUUGAAGGAGCGUUUCCGCGAAAAGCAGAAGAACGUAGACGCACCGCGUGGACCGGAUAUAUUCUUUGUGAAGAAAUUAACGCAAAGAUUGUCUAGUAAAUUGGCAGGUGGACCAGUGAAUCCGGCACCAAAACUUAUACCACUGCCACAGCAAACUGCUUCUUCAAAUCCAGCUCCUUCUUCCGUAACUGCACAAUCGGCGCCGGCUAACUGUGAUAAGAAAACAACAGCGGAAAACACAACAACGGAAGCAAGUAAGGAUGGUAAUUCUGACAACAAGGAACUAUUGGCUAUUUUAGAGGGUGACAUUGAUCCUGAUUGGUCUAUCUUGAAGCCACCAGUUCUCACAGAAGAAAGCAAAACACCGUUAACCGUGGAACACUCCGAGCAAAGCAAUCCACCAAAACUCGACCCGUUGGUGGAACGAGAAUUGGCGUUAAAGCAGCUCCUUGAAUUACCCAUAACACCGUCCAAGAAGAUUCCAUCGCGGAAAAAGAAAACGUUCCGAGCAGCGCCCAGUAGAGCAUCUAAAGACGCGACUAUUGACGCGAAGACUCCGCUUGCUACGCAGCCAAAAGAAGUUAACAUAGAUUUAGCGAGUGAAAACGCGCAACCAAAUACAAAGUCAGUUGGAACUAAUCUAUAUUCUUCAUCUCGCGAAAAGAGUGGUCAGAAGAAUCAGGAAGGCAUACGAAUAGAAGAAUCGAGAUCAGGCAGAAAGCGCAAACCUACUGAAAAAGCGAGGGAGCAUGAACAAACGAUAAAACGGCAGAAGGUAUACAGGGGUAAGGUUCCGAUAAGUAAGAAACAAAUGGAAGACAAGCCUGUUUCCAGUGAUAGCUCGAUUGAGAAUCACAUUGCGGCGAGCGAUGCGACGAACGUUGAUGCUGUAAAUAACGAGAAAACCGUCGCGAAAGAAGUAGCGAGUAAGCAAUCCGAGGAUAAGGUAGAUCCAGUUUUGAAUAAAGUCGAAGAUUCUCCCUUGAAACGAUCGAAGCCUAGUCUUGCUAGAAAGGGACCGAUGACCAAGAGGAAAAUGGUAGUCAAGAGAUUGCUGCGCGAAAAAAUGCCAAUUGAUAAGAAGUCUGUUCAGCUGAAAACUAAGUUGAAUUCGCCGUCAAAGAAGACUCCUCCGAAAGCUGUCUCGAAACCGCCAAAACGGAUAGUCGAAGGUCCAUCCGGUGACGUGAAACCCAAGAAGAAGAAUAUAAAUGAGAUAGAUAGAUUGUUGCAGGACGAGGGUGUCGUCAAUUUACUGUAUGAUGUAGAGCAACCGGAUAGAAAACGUUUGGUUCCCAUUACGAAGUCACGAGCGAAGGUGAUGGACUUGCAAAAGGUGCAACGUGAACUUAAAAUCAGGAAAAAAUUGGUUCGCAAUGCCGUGCUGCGAUUGCGCACGCCAACAGUCGCAAGUGACAAGAAAGUGUCACCGAGAUCAAAGAGAACGGCAAUUCAUUCGAGUGAUGUUCAAGAUAAAAAGAUGGUAGAAGUCACGUCGCCAAAAACUCCUACUUCACCCACGGAAUUUAUUCUCCCGGCAAAGAUUCGGAACGCGGCCGACGCGUCCAUCAUCAUCAGGAGACACUCGUCUAGUUCAUUUUCCAGUGCGUCUGGAAGUCCCAGAGUUAGCAUUGACUCAUCUGAGAAAUUUGUAGAAGCCGUCAAGUCGGAUGACGGAACAAUUCAUUCCUUGAGAUCUGCUAAAAAGAGACGAGAUUCGCAAGAAGAGAAGAUUAAUAUUGCGAAGAAGAAGAAGAAAACAGUACAAAAGUAUGAUAUUGAUGUUACCUCUACCAGCACCAGUAGCACCGCUGCUACAACUACCACAGCUGCUAACAAUGCUAUUGCUAAUAAUGCGGAAGAAAAAAUUACUGUCGUUGCGCGUCCCGGUAAGAAAUCGGAAAUCAAGAAAGUCGACAAGAUCGGGAAACAACAGGAAAACAUUCCCGCGAUUGAAGACAACGUUUCGAGUAAAGUUACAACUAGAUCAUCGAACGGUGCAGUAACAGGGAAAGUAACAGCAAAGAGCAAAAAGGAAAAGCAAGGUAUGAAAAGCAAAGUGACUUUUGCCAAGGCAAAUGAUCUUAAUAAUACUGAUGACUCUUUGAAAGAUGAAUUAUCUGCUUGUCUUGCUGAAGCAGCUACCGCUCUUUCAAUCGUCAAUGCCAGAAACGUUGCGACCACACGAAAGAGCAAAGGUAAAGUAAAUACAAGUACCAUGAAAACGUUGGACGCAGAUAAUAACAAAACAAAAACUGAAAUGCAAGGUCAGUUCAGCAAUAAGGAAAUAAAUGUGCGCCGACACGGUAAUCUCGUACAAUUAAUACUUACGCCAUCCUCUUCGACGAAAAUAAGAAAUGCUCUCACAUUGCAAGUGAUGCAAGAAUUCAGAGAGGCUCUGUCGAUAUUGAAAAGAGAUGACGAAUGCAGGGUAGUACUGUUAACAUCUACGGGGACAAGUUUUUGUGAAGGUCUUGAUCUUUCAACAUUAUUGCACACAAAUAAGGAGGAACGACGAUCUACUGCUCAGGAGUUGGCACAUGCCGUCAAGGAUUUCAUAAAAAGUUUGGCUACUUUCAAUAAACCCAUAGUGGCUGGCGUACAGGGUGCUGCGGUUGGACUCGGAGUGACAAUGUUACCUCUUUUCGACCUUGUUAUUGCUAGUGAUAAGGCGACGUUCUGUACACCUUACGGGAAAUUAGGACAAAUUGCCGAAGGUGCUGCAGUCUUCACCUUGUCACACAUACUAGGCAGUGCAAUUACGAGCGAGCUUCUUUUGGGUGGAAGGACUCUGACAGCAAGUGAAGCGUUAAGAGCCGGUCUCGUUACUCGAGUUUUAUGGCCUGAUCGGUUUCAAGUAGAAUUAUUACCAUCAUUGCGGGCUAUGAGUGAUCAGUCGUCACAGUCCAUGGAAGCAACAAAGGCUUUACUACGUCACAGUUUGCGAAAAAAAUUGGACGCCGCACUUGAAUCAGAAACAUACUUAUUGAUUCAGCAUUGGUGCUCCGCAGAAUGCCAGACUGCUAUAAAAGCUUACAUUGAUGGAAAAAUUCAAUAAACAACGUGCAUAUACUACUGUUUAAUCGUGGUCCUAUCUCUCUCUGUAUUAAAAAUCAGAAGUAAUGGUUUGUGAAUAUGGAUGCAGAUGAUGAAAGUCGUAUGACAACUGAAAUCAAUAAUGUCAUAUAAACAAUUUUUGAUGUGACAUUCUACGUCAACGCAUAAGAUAUAAUUUAAGUAUAAGACAAAAAUAUUGAGAAUCACUCAAAAAGAUGGGCUAUUUUACUAUUAGAUCAUUUAUUAUACAUAAAUAUAUAUGUAUACAUAUAUAUAUAUUUCUAUAUAUACAUAUACAUAUA